GUUGUAGCGUUCCAAUAUACACUACGUGUUACUACGUGCAAGUUCGACUGUGUUAAGAGGUUAUAUGAAUAAGCGUGGAUGUAAACUCGUGUCAGUUUAACAGUUAGUUUGAAAAAUAUUUAAUUUAUUUUUUGAUACUGACAACAGUUUGAAACGACAAAAAUUAUGGAAACUGAAUCGAAAGAGCUGGUGCUGGAAAAUCAUUUGAGCAAUGAAACAAAUAUACAAAAUGAAGUAAACAAUGAAGAAACAUCAUCCGUUACCAACAUUUCCAAUUCUUCUGAUACGUCAGAAAAUGUCACGCAGCUUACAGAUUCGACAAGUGAUUUGUCCAAAAAUCCCAAUGACAUCGACAAUGUUGCAACUUUCAAGAAACCAACUGUUAAAUUAAUUGGUCCAAAACGUACUCUGUCGCUGCAGAAAAAUUCAAAAAUAUCUCCUUUAACAGACACACGUUCACGAAAUCAUGCUCACCACUCAGAUCGCGAUAUAAAAUCUCAGCACUCGAGAGAACUUAAGUUAUAUGUAGAACCAUCUUGGGGAGGAAAGCCAGAAGAGAAUUAUAAAAUUGAAAUACUCAAAUCUGGAAUGAUCAUCGAUACGAUUUCACUCGAAGAACAUAGUUACUACAGUAUUGGUCGCUUACCUACGUGUCAUUUGACGCUUGUUCAUCCUACUAUUUCAAGAUAUCAUGCAAUUUUGCAAUAUAGGUGUCAGCCAGAUAAUGAAAACGACAAAGGUUUUUAUGUGUACGAUUUGGGAAGUACUCAUGGUACUUUUUGGAACGGAAACCGUAUAAAACCUAAUGUUUAUGUAAGAAUACAAGGAGGCCAUAUACUCAGAUUUGGUUGUAGUCAAAGAAGGUACAUUCUACAAGCUCCACCGGGAGAUGAAGAAGAGGAAUCUCCAUAUAGCUUGACGGAGCUGAAGGAAAUGAGAGCAUCCCAAUUGGAAAAAGAACAUAGUGAAGACAAACCUGUUGAAAAACCCAUUGAAGAACCCAUUGAAGAACCCGUUGAAGAACCCAUUGAAGAACCCGUCGAAAAACCCAUUGAAGAAAAUGAAAGUGAAGGCAUCGAUUGGGGAAUGGGUGAAGAUGCGGAUGAAGAAACGGAUCUACAGGAAAAUCCCUAUGCUUCUAUUACAGACGAUGACUUGGUUCUAGACGAUCCUAAAAAAACUCUCAGAGGAUGGUUUGAAAGAGAAGGAUACGAUCUUCAUUAUCAAGCAGAGGAAAAGGGAUUUGGACAAUUUUUGUGUUGGGUAGAUCUUCCUACUGAAGAUGUUGUUGGCCAUUCAAUAAGAGCAGAAGCUCUUGUAAGAGGUAAAAAAAAAGAAGCAGUUGUUCAAUGCGCAUUGGAAGCCUGCAAAAUUUUAGAUAAAUAUGGACUAUUAAGGCAAGCAAAUCACGAAGCAAGAAAAAGGAAAACGCGAAACUGGGAAGCGGAAGAUUAUUACGAUUCGGACGAAGAUAAUUUUUUGGAUAGAACAGGAUCUGUAGAAAGGAAGCGUGAACAGAGAAUGAGAUUAGCUGGAAAGUUGGAAGAAAAAACAGAGACAUACGAUUCCUUGCUCAAAAAGCAUAAGGAAGUUACAGAACGGAUAUCACAUUUGUCAACUUCGAUUCAAAAUUGGCAAAAUGCGAAUGAUGCGAAGAACGAUGCGACUGAAGAGGAUGCGUUGGACGCUUUUAUGUCAAGCUUAAGUUCGUCUGCUUUAACUAAAAGUGACAUUGCUAAGAUGAAGCUGGAAUUGCAAAAUCUCCGAAAAGAAGAGGCAGGCUUGGUUAAAUUAUUAAACUUGACACAACCAGUAAAUCUACCAGCUCUUUCCUACAGCGGUACUACGGAUCAAACUAUUACUCAGGGUAAAACAGCUGUGGAUCACACGCAAAAUACAUCAGUUGAAACAAAAAAAAUUCCCAGACCACGUCAGAAAAAAGAGAAACAAAUAAAUCAACAUGCAGUUACAAACACUGAAUUAUUCGAAUCAAAUGCCAUUUCCAACACUACGGUAGAAACAGAAGCUAUAGAGGAAAUGGAUAGUGACGACAAUGACGAAUUAAUUUCGAAUACGUUUAAUGACGAAAAAAAUGUUGAAUCACAACGUUCUGAUAGUGCUACUGUUGCCGCUGAGAACAGAGAGUCUUCUGAAAAACACGAGGAGCAACAAGAGCCUAAAAUUCAAAUGACGAAAAAACGUCGACGGGAAGAAAAAGAAAUGUAUUGUGAUCAAGACAUACAUGCUGAUAAUUACUCCACAUGGGUUCCACCAUCGGAUCAAGCAGGAGAUGGAAAAACGAGUCUUAACGAAAAAUAUGGCUAUUAAGAUGAAACUGUUCUAGUAACAAACUAGAAUAAUUAUCGAAUUCUUUAAACACUGUUACCACGUGAUGUACAAUGUAAAUAUUGUAUUGUACGAUUUACUCAUUUAUCAUACGAUACAAAUAUAGCAUCAUACAUAUAUGUAUAUGUAUAAUACACAUUUAUAUUGUAUUGGUUUAUCAUUUGAUUUUAUAAAUGCAUCUAUAGGGAAUUUAUAAUUUAUUAAGUCUUUAUGUCCGAUUUAUUUGAAAGUUAAUGUCAGAAUAAAUUACCCAUAUAGUAUCACAAUUAUAAAAGUUUGCAAAUUAAUUCUCUCAAUGGGCUUUUUUUGUAAAUAAAAAAUUUGUUUCAUAGUUUGAUGGAUACAUGAAACACCACCACUACGAUGAAACUACCCUUGUUGCGUAGUACUUGUAUAUCAUUCUUUGACUAUAAACAAGAAAGAUGCUGGCCAUUUAGCGGACUAUAUUAUACAGGCAAGGGAAGCAGGAUUUGAUGGCACCUUUUGUCUGAACCGCGUGUAUUCCGUGCUUGUCAUAUAUGUAUAUGCUAUUGCGCUCUUUAUUUAUAGUUCUAAUGAAGUUCGAUAGGUGGUAGCAGUUAUCCAUAGAUAACAAAUGCAACAGUGUGCAACAAUAGAUAGUAAUAUUGAUUAGUACCACCGUUUCACCGCUACGCGGUAAUAUUAUUUCAGUAAGUGGAUAAAUUGUGAACGAGCAAGAGAAUUCAAAAAUAGGAAUAAUAUCGAAAAAUAAACAGAGUAGUUGCAAUUAUUUUUACCUCUUUUGUUUCGGUGUCUGUGGAAAUUUUUAAAAUUACUAUCGUAAAAUUAUAUUGCAAUAACACGUGUAUGUAUAUUGGUGCAUUAAACUGUUGUUAAAUGCGCGUGAAAUUAUAAACAAUAAACGUUUUACCUCGUCUUAUCGAAUAAAAUUCAUGUUAAUAUAGAUACAGAUCGUGACUAGCAUGUUUUCACAACUAAUUUAAUGCAUGUUUUUUUCCUCGUAAUAUUUACGAAGUUGGUUUGGAAACUUUAGUACCUUGAAAUUUGGCGUAACGGUUUUCCAAAUUGUAAGUGACCUAGUACUUGGAAGA